GCCGGGGCAGUGAGAGGAGGAGGAGGAGGAGGCCGCGGUAGCCGGGCCGGAGCGGAGACGAGGCCGGACACGAGGGUCCGGGUGAGGAAGGGGCCCGCAAGCAUGGGCAGCUUGCUGCUGCCCUUCGACAACCUGGUGUGCAUCCUACUGGGCAUCUCGUUCACCGUCUGGAUCACGCUGCUGCUCGUCUUCAUCAUCGUGCCUGCCAUCUUCGGCGUGUCCUUCGGCAUCCGCAAGCUCUACAUGAAAACCCUGCUCAAAGUGUUUGAGUGGGCAACACUACGAAUAGAAAGGGGAGCCCGGGAGAGGAAGCACCUGAUCUACAAGAGUAACGCUAAUGGUAUUAUAGAGAAGGAGCCCACAUCUCUGGAGGAGGAAAUAAAGGAGAUGAGAAGGAGCGGGAGCAACAGAGCCCUGGACAGUCGGGAGUUUGAAAUGUCUGAUAUCUUCUACUUCUGCAGGAAGGGUGUCGAGACCAUUGUGGAUGACGAAGUAACAAAGCGAUUUUCCGCAGAGGAAUUAGAGUCUUGGAAUUUGAUGACAAGAACAAACAAUAACUUUCAAUACAUCAGCGUUCGUCUGACUAUUCUCUGGGGACUGGGUGUUUUUGUACGAUACUGCUUUCUACUUCCACUGAGGGUUACCUUGGCUAUCACUGGCAUUAGCUUGUUGGUGAUUGGUACAACCAUUGUGGGAUAUUUACCAAAUGGAUGGUUGAAGGACUUUCUGAGCAAGCAUGUACAUUUGAUGUGCUACAGGAUCUGUGUGAGAGCACUGACUGCCAUUAUACACUAUCAUGACAGUGAAAACAGGCCCAAAAAUGGAGGUAUAUGUGUUGCAAAUCACACUUCUCCAAUUGAUGUCAUCAUUCUGGCCAGUGAUGGCUUCUAUGCUAUGGUUGGUCAGAUUCACGGUGGUCUGAUGGGAAUCAUUCAGCGAGCCAUGGUCAAGGCUUGUCCUCACAUCUGGUUUGAGAGAUCAGAAGUCAGAGAUCGCAUUCUAGUUGCAAGAAGGCUGAGUGAACAUGUAAGAGACCAGGUUAAACUUCCAAUUUUAAUAUUUCCUGAAGGAACUUGCAUCAACAAUACCUCUGUUAUGAUGUUCAAGAAGGGCAGCUUUGAAAUUGGAGCCACUGUCUACCCUGUAGCCAUCAAGUAUGAUCCUCUGUUUGGAGAAGCCUUCUGGAACAGCAGCAAGUAUGGAAUGGUGAACUACCUGCUGAGGAUGAUGACCAGCUGGGCGAUUGUCUGCAGUGUAUGGUACCUGCCGCCAAUGACACGCGAGGAAGGUGAAGCUGCAGUACAGUUUGCUAAUCGUGUGAAAGCUGCGAUUGCCAGACAAGGUGGUCUUGUAGAUUUACUGUGGGACGGCGGCCUGAAAAGGGAAAAGGUAAAGGACACGUACAAGGAGGAGCAGCAGAAGCUGUACAGCAGGAUGAUCGUGGGGAGCCACAAAGACCGCAGCCGAUCGUGAAGCCACCGCUGGGUGACUCAUUCCACUGCCAGGCCAGAUGUCGAGUGGCACGUCCUUGGCUGGGCUUCCGGCCCACACUAAACUAACGGGCAAGAGGCUCCCCAAGUACUUUGCUUUCCGUCUUAUCGAGGAAUUUAAAUCUUAUCAUCAUGCAGUGGAAAGAAACCCGCUGAGACCGGACUGUCUGUAUCAGGAAGCGGACUUGGAAAAUGUCUAUUAACAAUGUGUCUAUGAUUGGGGUUGGGGUAGAGUAAUAAACAUGACGUAGAUCGACCGAGGAUGGAAGGGAUUGUGCGGCUGGCGCAGGUUUGGCCAAGCCCAUUUUCUGACCAGUUGGGACAGGUAGCCAUAGCUUUGUAUUUUAGCGCACAGGGUCUCGGAGGCGUUUCAGUUGAGGAGGGCAGGUGAAGGGACACAAAUACUAAACCUUUGGACGGUUGGUAGAAGAGGUGUGUUGAUGGAGACUCUAUGCACAUGUACUCAUUGUAGUUUGACACCUGUUUUAACAUAUGUACUUGCAUGCCAUUACUUAUUUUUACCCUUUUUUAAAAAAAUGACGCGGACCUGUCUUUUUCAUUAUAACCAGAAAGAGUAGUGUUGCCUCUCUCACACAGUUGCCUUGACUGCAAACAGGUGUGAUGGAAACUGUUUUUUGUGUUGAGCUUGCUUUGUUCCUUCAGAAGACAAAGGAAAUUCUGCCAUAUAACGAAGAGAGUCCCCUGUAAACACGCUUCAGUCCUGUCCCUGAUGCUUUCCCCUCGGCAGCUGAUCCUGUCAUUCUAUUUCACAGUGUGAGGACCCAAGUGUCUGGGUGGGUUUUUGAAAUUUCACCUCGUGCAAAAGAUUUUCAAUUCAAGGCCGGCAGUGAUUUUUGUCCGUCUCCCACUCAAACUUUGGAAGCGGUCUUGGAAUCUUUGACAUGGACCAGCCUUCCGUGUUAUUACUAGCAGGGCCAGUGCUUCAAGUCAGUCUGUGAAUCAAACUCGACAAAUGUCAGCGUAAGUCAUGGUGGGAUCUUGGGAGCAGUUAGCGUUCAGCCAUUCAAAUUUGGAUAAGAAGGCUUGGGCAUUUCUGUCUGAUUUCAUGGACCUAUGCUGCGUUGAGAUGUUAAAUUUGACCAUAGUUUCUCUCACAAAAUACCAUGUGGAUAGCUUAGUGCACAGUGGUGGAUGUGUUGAUUGGCGUUCUGUGCUGAGCACUCUUCCCACAAAUCCUGUGGCUUAUGCUUCUGUGUUGGGUGUGGUGGAGAGAUGACCUGCCCUCACUAUAUGGAGGACAUCUACCAGUUAUGCUGCAGUCAGGAUGGGCAAAACUGGACUCAACUGAACCUUACAUCCUCUUGUGGCAGAAGCUAGAAUAGGCAAUCAUCAUUUAAAAAGAAGGGGUUGCCCAUUUAAGAAAAAGAUGAGGUGAUUUGUUUUCCUCUCUCAAAGGUUCUUGAGGCUUUGGAACUUUCAUCCUCAAAAGGUGAUGGAACAUGUAUUUGAAUGUUUCUAAGGCCAAGGUAGGGAGCAAGAGGAUCAAAGCUGACAGUUCCACGGCAGGAAGAGGCUAUAAUCCGAUCAGCCAUGAUCUAAUGGAAUGCUGGACCGGGCUUGAUGGGCCGAAUGGCCUACUGCUCCCAAUUCAUAUGUUCUUAAGUCGGAGACAUGUUCAAAUGCAGGUCUAUCAGUGGCAUUACUAGCAGGGACCUGGUGGAGAAUAUUCAAACACACUGUGCUUGCUUCACAUGUGGCGAUCUUCAAGUCAUGUUAAGUGUGGCCGUAACGAUGGGUGAGGGGUGUGGAGAAGAAUGUUCUCACCCUGGGUUUGGUUGUGUCCCAGGACACCUGAGUGUUGAAUGGACACAAGGAUUCCAGGACAAUGUACGCUGUUACUGUGCCACAUGGCACAUGCUCAAGGGUCAAGGUGGAGGAGGUUAGGAUGAGCGCUGAAAGAUGAGCAGAUGUUACUGAUAGAUCCUUGGGAUAGUGAUUAACGAGGACAAUGUGCUCAGAUGGCCCCCGUUUUGUCUUGGACUGGUUCCAGCUGAUCUCCAACUAGGUGGAGGCAAGAUUGCUCAUUGCUUUGCUUUUCUAUCAUCAUUUUAACACCCAUUUGAAUCUGAAUUUCUGCAACAAUCCAGUUUAUAGUUGAGUUGGGACUUGUUGAAUGGAGUUUCACUGAUGGAUAAAAUGGGAUUAGUGUUAAUGAGCUUCAUUUCCAACCCACAAUUGUAAACACCAGGCCACUGAAGAUGGACAAAAGAACGAGAAGAAGGGGAAAGGAGAAAAUUAUUGAUGAAAAGAAAAAUCCAGAAUUUGACAAAAUACAAAUGAUGUGAGUUGGGGAAAUUCAUGUGAUGUGGAAUUUUAAGUUCAGACCAGACAGGAAAGAGAGAACCCACAAGAAUGUGUUUGGAUGCUUUGUUUCUUACUGUACCUAUUCAUCAUGGAAGUAAAUAGAUGAUAUUUCAACCCCCAUAAUUAUUUAAUGUUAACUUAAAGCCAUGAAUCAUGUUUGACAUAAACAUCAUAGGCCACAGGGCCCGUUCCUGUUUUAUGUGGGGCAACACAGUUGGCCUUUCAGUGCUUUGCUCAAUUGUCAGUUUCUAAUCACAUCCAGGAGAGUGAUCCCAGCAGGAAUGCGGACACUUCAGGCUUUAUGAAUGAAUUCAUGCACAGUGCUGCGCUCAAUUCUACGAGCCCAUUUGAACCGAGUGAAAGAAUUUCAUGAAGGGAGCUAGUUCAGGGCACUACCAUUCUAGUGCAAUAUCUCCUCAUUUCCCACUGCCUACUGCAAGAAAGAUGGGAACAUAAAUGAGAAUGAACUAUUUCACCAAGGCAACAGUGGAGCUGCAGCCUAGUCGUUCAGCUCGUGUCCUGAGGUGGCUGUGUGGGGACAAGGAAGGCCAGCUGAGUGAUGUAACUGUAAAUACAAGUUUAUCGUUGAACAUUGUAAUAAAGGGAAUGGGUGAUUCUUAAAUGUCUUUGGAGUUAAGUUGACAGGAUGAGGAGGCAAGAGGAGUAAUCCUUUGCUGGUGUACAAACUUGAACAGAUUGUAAUGUAGGAUGAAAAAUAUGUUGCAAUUUGAACUGCAUCUUUUUGUUUAAGAUAUAUCUUGUGCAUAUGUGAAUUCUUUACCUGUUUCUAUCCAAACCAUAGGUUCGAACAGAUAAAGGAAGAUGAUGGAGGAACACA